CGCGGACCAUGCAGCGAGCCAUAAGGCGCUCGUAGGAGGCUCUGGUUGAGUCAUCCCUAACUAAUCUGCGCUUCUGUGGGGCGGGCUGGAGCUGGCUACGCGCCGGCUCCUGCCGCGGCACGGCCAGACCCUGCGCUCUCCCGAGAACGUCCCGGGUCAUUUUCUGGCAGCGCUCCGCACCGCUGCUGUUGCGGUCCGGCCUCCCGCCACCCCUCCCAGCUGCCCGCUCCGGCUCCGCGGCCCCGAGGGAGGGGCGCGGGCGGGACCCGCUGCCGGGAGAUCGCCUGGCCGGGACAGACGCUGCAGCCGCUCCGCAGAAAGCCUGGAGGGAAGCAGCGGUGCUCAGGGCCGGUAACUGCGGGGACAGCGAACCAAAAAUGAUAGCUGCAGGAAAAUUUUCAAGUCUUCCCAGAAAUGGCCCAGUGAACCGCCAGUUCUCGUUGGCUUCUUCCAUGGACCUUUUGACCACAAAACCUUCACCAGCUGAGCAUCGCUCAAACUCCUUCCAAGGCAUCUCUAUCCAUGGCACCCUCCCCAGGAAGAAGAAGGGGACAGUUCCCUCGAGGUCUUGUGAUAUGUUCAACCACAUGGGAACACUGCCUUACACCAGAGCACGGCAGCAGCCACCUUUUGUCCAGGAUGUUAUAGAAGAGUACCCUCCAGAAAAUGGAAAGAGCAGCAAACUCCAUGCCAGAGAUCAGAAUAUUCUGGAUGCUACAUUGGAAUAUGUUAAGUUUUCUAGGGAGAGGCAGGUUAUGGACAACAGCCCGGAAAAACUGAAGAAGGAGUUAGAGGAGGAACUGCUGCUGAGCAGUGAGGACUUGCGUAGCCAUGCCUGGUACCACGGACGAAUUCCUCGGCAGGUGGCAGAAGGCCUAGUUCAGAGAGAUGGAGAUUUUCUGAUUAGGGAUUCUCUCUCCAGUCCUGGGAACUUUGUUCUUACCUGUCAGUGGAAAAAUACCCCUCAGCAUUUUAAAAUCAACAAAACAGUUCUAAGACUCAAUGAAGCCUACUGUCGUGUUCAGUAUCAGUUUGAACUGGAAAGUUUUGACACUGUCCCUGGCUUAGUUAGAUACUACGUUGGGAAUCGCACACCAAUAUCGAAGCAGAGUGGAGCAAUUAUUUUCCAGCCUAUCAACAGGACUGUGCCUCUCAGGUGUCUAGAAGAAAAAUAUGGUGUAACUCCAGUCCAACAAAAGGAGCCAAGCACCCCUGAAGGAAAAACAGAAACUGCAAAAAGGCUGAGUCUUGGUUUAUCCAGCAUGCAAUCCCCAGAGCAGAGCAUACCCAGAGGAAAUCUUUUGAGAAACAAAGAAAAAAGUGGUAGCCAGCCAGCUAGUUUGGAUCAUGUUCUGGAGAAGAGAUUUCCUUUAAAGGCUCACCAGUCAGAGAGCUAUCUGCUAAUAGGUUCAAGACAUCCAUCUCGAUUACCUGAAGCAGAUGCAAACUCCUGUCCAAGCUCACCUGCAUUUAGAACAGGCAGUGAACCAUCUCUAAGCCCCACAGUUGUUCAGAAAGUUACCUUAGAAUCACAGCUAGGGGAAGCUCUUAGAGGAUCAGACAGUCAGCUCUGUCCAAAGCCUCCACCUAAACCCAGCAAAGCCCCCCUGAUGAAGCCCCCAGAUUCUCCUUUGGCAUCCCACAGCUCUGAAGGACACUAUUGUGAACUGAACCCUGCCAGACAUCCUCCAGCAGCAAAGCAACACUUGUGUCAGAAAAACAGCUAUGUGGAACAUCUGACACAAAAGGAGAGGGCAACAUUCAGGAACUCUGAAACAAGCUAUUUGAUCCUUGAUGAUGAUCCUACAAUGAACCAUGCAGACCCUUUAGAAGCCUCAACUCACAUGGCUGAAGAAGACAGCAUCUUUUCUGCACCUGUUUAUGAGACAGAGUCUAGUUUUAAACCAAAUGAUUUUGAAUCCAAACUACUUCCUCCUGAAAACAAGCCGUUGGAAACAUCCAUGUUAAGAAAAGUUAAAGAGCUUUUCACCAACAAUAACCCAAAAACUAUUGCACAGCAUAUUCUUAGAAUGGACUGCAAGGUGGCAAGGAUAAUAGAAGUUUCUGAAGAGAUGAGGAGGAAUAUGGGAGGGAACUCUGGUCUUGAACUGAUCACUUUGCCUUACGGACAUCAGCUGCGCCUUGACCUGAUUGAGAGGCACAAUACCAUGGCAAUAGGAAUAGCCGUUGAUAUCUUGGGCUGCACAGGAAGUGUGGAAGAUCGAGCAGCAACAUUAAACAGGAUCAUCCAAGUGGCUGUGGAGUUGAAGGAGUCACUAGGGGAUUUAUAUGGAUUUUCUGCUAUUAUGAAAGCACUGGAAAUGCCACAGAUCAGCAGAUUAGAACAAACCUGGACAGCUCUCAGACACUGCUACACCCAGACUGCCAUUAUGUACGAAAAACAGCUGAAACCAUCUUGCAAAGCUCUGCAUGAGGGACAAGAUGAGUGGACUAGAAUUCUCAGUGCUCCGCAGAACAACAUAACAGUGCCACUGCUGCUGCCUCUUGUCACCUUGCUGGAGCGGCAGGCUGUUGUUUUUGAAGGCGUGGAGCUGUGGGAGAGCAGUGACCAGAGUGGUGAAAUAAUGCUCAGGCACUUGGGCACGGCGCGCCUGCUGGCCCAGCACGCCCGGACCUUUGGCCUGACGGCAGAGCGGCUGCUGCAAGGUUUCCAGCCAGAUGAAGAGCUGAGUGAAAUCUUCAAGACAGAAUUUCAAAUGAGAUUGCUUUGGGGCAGCAAAGGAGCACAAGUUAAUCAAAGUGAAAGAUAUGAGAAAUUCAACCGGAUCUUAACUGCACUUUCCCGAAAACUGGAACCUCCUCCAGUGAAGCUGGUGGAACAAUUAAGUAUAUAAGACUCUGGAAACACUAGUUAAGUGAUAUACUUGAAAUAACCUUAGCAUUCUUCUGGCAACUUGAUACUGCACAAACUUCUUGCAUUUCACGAGAUGUUUAGAACUUUUAACUGCACAAUGCACACUUGUUUUAAAACUACUGAUUUCUAAACAAAUUAUUUAUUUACUGUGUCACCAAGUCAUUUACCUAUCCCUUUAAACAGUUAGGUUAUCCCUUUAUUUCCCCAAAGUUGUAAUGUUUUAAUGAUGCCAAGGAGUAAGGGCACUGGCAUCUUAAAUAUUAAGAUGAAGCAAAUAGUGUAAAUAAAAUUAUAGAUUAAUUAUCUGA